AUGGCCUUCUUUCGCCAACUUCAACUUCUUCUCUGGAAGAAUAGACUGGCAGUAAUUAGACGGCCAGUAUGGUCCCUGACUCUGAUCGCCUGGCCUUUGAUCAUCUUCAUCAUCCUUGCUGUGACCCGCCACCAGUUCCCUCCUGUUGUGAGGGAAACAUGUUAUGUGGGUCCCCGAAACCUCCCCAGCACAGGCUUAUUUCCUUUCCUCCAGACCCUCAUGUGCAACACAGAUAGCAGUUGCCAUAACACAUCUCGCCUGGUAGAACCAACAACAUCAAAGUCGAGGAGAGCAAGGUACCUUCUUCGUCAGUAUAAGAGUUCUCCACUGGAGAGUCUUGGUCAAGUGGGGGAUUUUCUUAACCUUCUCCCCAACGACUUCACCAAUGAUCAUGCAGAACUGGUUAAACUGCUGGACAAUUUGGGCACGUCUCACCAUGGAAGUCCUAAAAAUGAUCCUGUAACGACUUUUUUCAACAGUACUGAAGAUCAGGAGAACCUGGAUAACAUGCUUGAGUCAGCCAACCUGUUAAAGAGGGCCAUUUGCACUGUGACUCUGCCCAUGCUGAAUGAAAGCUCACUAGAUGUUUUCACCAAUGCUGUGUUCACUUUCUGCAAGACCAAUAACACAGUGUUCGAAGUCUCACUCUAUACAGUCAAUCAGGUACUGGAAGAGUGGAUGCUGACCCAACCAGAGGAAAUGAUGGAGGUGGCAUGGGUGACAGUGACAUUCCUCAAUCAGCUGCAAAAUGACAACUUGCUAUGGGACCGUCUUCUAGCUCUUCCUCAGCUCUUUUCAGAUGGUUCUAUUGACCAAAUGCUGAGAACACUGGAAGACGUACUCAAGCACCUACAGGGUGAUGCAUAUACCAUUGAGGAAGAUUUCCCUGAGACCAGUGGCCCGCUCUCCAAGUCUGAUUCAUUUCUUGCUGAAGCCAUCAGAGUGAUCACCUAUAUCAAUCAUUGGCCUGGCAAAAAUGUCACCAUUCCCCUUGGAGAACUGGUCACAAAUGACUCACUAGGUACAACGGUGAAAUACCUCGUAGAAAAUGUUUUGGAUUAUGAGAUACCACUGGAUAAGGCUUUCGGCCUGAUGUUGGACAAAGAUCUGGUGCGUUCUUAUCUGUGUGAUAACAGCAGCAACAUCUUGUGGUCAGCAACAGCGUGCAGCUCGGGAAUUGUGGACAAGGUUCUAAGCGUGAUCAGCACAGAAAAAGUGGCAAAACAGGUUUUCCUGGCCUGGAUUAAGGAGGUUGCUAAACAUGACGUGCUCUUUGCCAGAGGACUGGUCUACAAUCUGACUGGAGAUUUCUCUUCAGGAGAAUCUGAAGCCUCCAACAUCACAAGGACCAGGCGCAGCUCAGAUACAGAACCACAAAACGCAGAGGAAGAGCUGUUUCUGAACAUCGGUCAGGCAGCAUUGGAGCUUGUACAAAAUGUGCCUGAGGCGAAUACGGUUGUCCGGGGCAUCCUCAGAACUGGUUAUCAGUCCAUGACGCUAGCGUCAGAGACCAUUGAGACGCUAAAAGACAUUCUAGAAAAUGUCCUGGAAGAUGCUAAUAACAUCCAAAUGAUUUAUCAUACGUUGCUGACAAACCAGUCCGAGUCACACGCUUUAAUGGACCGUGUCCUCAACAGUGUGAUGGAAGUAGUUAUGAAGGUGAUGUCAACUGAGGAUGUAAGAUGUGAAGAAGUUCUUGCUUCCUUGGACUGGCUGUUAUCCAUCAAUAGCAUAAAAACUGAAGUAUGGACAGCACUGAUCUGCCCCAACAACGGGAGUCUGCAACAAGCUUUGCUGAUGGACUGGGAGGACUUGAUUAAAAAGGGACAAGAUCUGUACUCCAUCCUAACAGGCAAAGCAGAUUUCAACGUAACACUUCCCAUGAUUCUGUCUCAGUGGCAAGAGCUGAAUGAGGAGAGCUUGGAGUUUGCUGAGCUUUUGACCAAAAUGACACAAAAGCUGGAUGAAGAAUACUGGAUGAACUGGAUACCCGACAACAACACCCAUCUUGUGUGGUUUAUGAUCAGUCUUGGUGAAAGAAUUGAAAAUAGUGAUCAGUGGCCACCGGUAAAGGACUACUUCCACAUUGCUUACUGGAUUUUGAACUACCACCCUGAUGUCACCACUCAGCCAGCAAACUGUUCUUUGAACAAGAACUUAGCCCUUCAUUGUGACACUGGUUUUGACUGGCCACACUUUGUUCAAGCAAUGACUCAGGCUCUGAUGUCACCAAGUGAUGCCCUUGUAAACUGGCUCAAAGGAUCUGUGAAUCUACUGCAACAUGUGUAUGGUGAAAUCUAUACAAACGAGACAGCUGUAUAUUUGAAACAGGAAAUCAAAGGAGCUGAUGCCCUCUCUGAUUACCUGAUUAAUCUGAUGCAUAACCUGGAUGAAUUCCUCAGUACAAUCUCCCAGCUUCCCAAUCAAAACAUCACUAACCCAGCUACCAUGUCUCUAAACAUUCAUGCCCUGUUAGAGUCCACGGGUUUGUCAUCACUUGUUCCUCUGCUCAGCCAAGAGUCUCCCCUUAAUGCCUCCACAAUCCUUGCUGUAGCCUCCAAACUUGGCAGGUUAAACCAGCAUAUUUUUACCUUGAAUGAAACAGACCCAACAUUGCCUGAACUGGAAGAGCUGAUAAGGGAGUUCCUCUCUUUGGAGGGUAACCUCACAUUGUCUCUCCCAAACAUCAUGGGACACACUCUGCUUACCUAUUCUGAUUACUUCCAUUCUGAUGAAGUGGACAGUCUCAUAAAAGCAAUUGAGCCUUUCACCAACCAGACCUCAGUGGGUUUUGUAGAAGCUAUCAUCAGUGCUGUGGAGCUGUUCAAGACAGUGAUGGACUCUCAAAAUGGUGACCCAACUGAAAUCAUUCUUGGGUACGUCCGUCAGAUUCAAGAGUUUGUGGUUUCCCUCUAUGGGCUACGAAAAAUUGAACAUGUCAUGUUACCAAAUGGCCAGUACAGCACGGCUCAAGUCACUGACCUCCACUUGCUUUCCAUGGACUUUCUCAACCUCCUCACACCUGAGAUCCUGCAGAACCUCACUCAGGCUGGACCAGAUGCUGCCCAGGACAUCGUUAUCCAGAAAUUUGUAGCAUUCCUGCCAAAGGAAAUCCAAAGUGACGCUGCUCAGUUUCUUCAGGAUUUCAAGGCUCUGCAGAGUAAUAUAACCAAAUGUGCAGCAGGCGAGGACUGUCUGGCUGGAUUUUCAGAAAUCUCUAAAUUUCUGGAUCAGAUAUUAGACAUGAUGCUCACAGCCAAUGGGACUGUCACCAUCAAAAUUGGUCCAUUUGGUUUGGGGGAUAAAGAAUAUGAAAACACAGCUUCCUUGGUUUUCUCAUUGCUCCUGUCACCAAAUGAUGCUGCCUCUCUGGAAACAUUCAAGCAGACCCUCCAAUUCAUCAAAUUGGUCAUGAAUACACCAAAUGUUACCGUGUCCGAUGUCCAGAAUGCCCUUACACAGACAAACCUAACCAUUGAGGACCUAAAUGCUAUUGCCCAGCUAGCUGGAGCGUCCAACAUAAAUAAACUCAUGUCAAAUGUAAUCGGGAUUGCAAAUGUUGAGAGCUGUUUUGAACCCCAGAAUGACAUCAUGGUAACAACCAAGUGUGUUACGGGACUCAUAGAUAUGUUCAGCAGCUUUCUGACACAGGUACCUUCUCUCCAUAACAACACAGACAUCCUCUCCCUCAUCCCUGUAAUUGUCAAUAAGACUAUCAAUGACUUCACCCAAGUUAACUUCAACUCCGGUCCUAACAUGGUUCUUGUAGACAGCUUGAAUCUCACCCUAACUAAUAUCAAGAUGAGCCUAGACCAGAGCCACCUAAACACUCCAGAGAUCAUGAAUGAAAUAAAAGUGGUAGAGGGUCUGAUACAGUUGAUUGCCGACAUGCAGCCAGUAAACACCUCCCAAAUGACGGACCCUGUGCAAGUCCAGACAGUAUAUCUGAAGCUUAUAGAAUGGUACUUGAAACGGCUGGAAAACAUCACCAGCGAUAGUGCAACCGCAGAGCUCCUUCAUCCUUUCUUUUCCAUCACACAAAUGCAAGUGGCAUUACAGCUGGCACAGACAAAUUUCUCUUUGUUUGUUAGUGACAAGGUCCAGUUCCUAAUAAACAGCCUCCAGGGCCCAAUAGAUGGCACCGUUGUGAGUGAAAUUGGCCAGACAGCAAUUGAGAUUCUUCAGCAUCUGUUGGACUUAAUAGAGGUCAACCUUGAGUCAUGGAAUAACACUGAAGGCUCUGAACAGCACUUCAGUGCAACCAUUCUGCAUUCCACGGCACUCCAAAUUAAGCAGUACCUUGGUCUCAUUGAGAAGUGGAUGACAGAGCCCAAUGUCACAUUGUUCCUUAGCAGUAUGAUCCAAUGGAAAAACUCCACCAUUGCCACCCCUGUGACAGAUCUCCAAUACAUCCUGCAGACAGUGGAAAAUUUUCUCAGUGAUGAUCAGCUGGCCUACCUUUCCAUAGUGAACAAUAUCACAGAGUCUCUAAGCAAAGCUGUGAUGGUGGCAGAGCAACAAGGCCUACAGGAUGAAAGCUUCAUAGCUGCCAUUGUAGAAGUAGUGCAACAUGCUAUACAGAUCCCAAACAUUACUGUUAUCCCACUGUCACAGCAGGAUUUUCUGGAAAUUGUGCAAGAGUCAGUAAAUCUCAUUGUCCAACCAAACAUGAGCUUCGCUUCAGCUAAAAACAUCUCCAUCAUCAUCCUGGAGAAAGUUGAUAGAAUCAUCCAACAAACUGUACCAGAAAUGGUUGCAGAAUACAUGCUUGGCUCACUCAAGUUUGUAAAAACAUAUUUUGAGACCAUCUCUGAAGCCAAUGGACAAGACAACCUGAAUCAGAUAAUUUUCAAUGAAAUGAAGACGCUGCAGAGCCUCCUGUCACAGCAAUCUCCAGUCCAGCCCUACAUUUCUGCCCUCAUUAACAUCACUCAGGUUAUCUUGGAGUAUGGCCAAGGUAACAUGAACUUCUGGGCAGGCUUUGAAAAUGCAUCAGCAGACAAUGCACAACAAAUCAUUCAGCAGUUGGGCAAACUUGUGAGCAUGUUUUGGCCACUGGUUGCGGAAGGCACUGGCUCACAUAUGACUGCUCCAUCCCUGGAGGCUUUUACUCAACUUCUUCCAGUCCUGGAGACCAUAUUAACUGGGAAUGCAGACCAAGACACAUGGAACAAGCUUGAACAGAUGCUGGGAACCCUGUUGUCCACCCUUGAAGGAACAGAGUUAUUGGACAAUUUAACAUCUGUUAUCCCACAGUUUGAAAAAAUGGUUGGAACUUUAGUGGAGAGCAUCCAAGCAGGAAAUGUGAUGAUACAAAGCCUUCAAAUCCCCAUCUUGAACCUGAUGAGAGAAGCUGCACAGUCUUUGAACAACACUCAUUACAAUUUUUCUGAAGUCUUGGAAAAAUUUCAGGUUGCCAUUGAAAGCACAGUGCGGGCCGCUCAGCAGGCUAAUGGCACCUUGGAGUGCAGUGAAGUUCUCAAAGUGUGGGAGACAUUCAGUGAGGCAGCAGGGUUAAGUCCUAACACCAUGGCUGUGUGGUGCAACAUCAGCCUGCAGCCUGUUUUGGAGGCCUAUGCUUCCGCACAGAAUCUCUACUCCCAAAUGAACAUGAGUCAGAUGAUCAUGGGACCAACCAAUGUGAGCGACACAGCUGCUAGGAUUGUAGAAACUGUAAAGUCACUCUACCAAGUCAACAUUUACAACGUACUUGUGAUAAACCAGUUGGUCAUGAAUUUCUCCAACCACCUCUCAAUGCUGGUAGAGCAGUCUAUGAGUCCUGAGGCACAGCUUUACUGGCAAAACCAGCUCCAAGACAUGCAGUUGCAAAACAGUUUGUCUUCCAUCAAAAUGCUCUCAGAUGAAUUGCAUAAUGUGGCCCCCGCCUUGCAGCCCUACAUGGAAGCUCUUGUAAAUGCUACAGGCUACAUCCUGGACAACUAUCAACUACUUCAACAGAGCACAUCAGCCGAGGAGCUCCUCAAAGAAGCAGCAAUGCGCUUCCUUUCCUCUGCAAACAUCUCCUCUUAUGAUAUCUUCUCCACGAGGGCAGGGAACACGACUGCAUCUCUUUACGACUUGACAACAGAAAUUAUCAGACUGAUGAUUAACAUUAAAGCAUUUGGUGAUGAUCCUAUGAUUUACCAAGUCUUGGAGGAAUUUUUGGCAUCCAAUGACACAAAGUUGAUAGCAGAGAAGGUGGCCGAGUUGUCUAUGUGGUUAAACUCCACCGAAGCAUCUGGGCUAGAUCUGCUGAGUGAGGCUCUGUUCAGAUCCUAUGACAUCAUAAGAAGUUUGUCUUCCAUCAAAAUGCUCUCAGAUGAAUUGCAUAAUGUGGCCCCCGCCUUGCAGCCCUACAUGGAAGCUCUUGUGAAUGCUACAGGCUACAUCCUGGACAACUAUCAACUACUUCAACAGAGCACAUCAGCCGAGGAGCUCCUCAAAGAAGCAGCAAUGCGCUUCCUUUCCUCUGCAAACAUCUCCUCUUAUGAUAUCUUCUCCACGACGACAGGGAACACGACUGCAUCUCUUUACGACUUGACAACAGAAAUUAUCAGACUGAUGAUUAACAUUAAAGCAUUUGGUGAUGAUCCUAUGAUUUACCAAGUCUUGGAGGAAUUUUUGGCAUCCAAUGACACAAAGUUGAUAGCAGAGAAGGUGGCCGAGUUGUCUAUGUGGUUAAACUCCACCAAAGCAUCUGGGCUAGAUCUGCUGAGUGAGGCUCUGUUCAGAUCCUAUGACAUCAUAAGAAGUUUGUCUUCCAUCAAAAUGCUCUCAGAUGAAUUGCAUAAUGUGGCCCCCGCCUUGCAGCCCUACAUGGAAGCUCUUGUGAAUGCUACAGGCUACAUCCUGGACAACUAUCAACUACUUCAACAGAGCACAUCAGCCGAGGAGCUCCUCAAAGAAGCAGCAAUGCGCUUCCUUUCCUCUGCAAACAUCUCCUCUUAUGAUAUCUUCUCCACGAGUGCAGGGAACACGACUGCAUCUCUUUACGACUUGACAACAGAAAUUAUCAGACUGAUGAUUAACAUUAAAGCGUUUGGUGAUGAUCCUAUGAUUUACCAAGUCUUGGAGGAAUUUUUGGCAUCCAAUGACACAAAGUUGAUAGCAGAGAAGGUGGCCGAGUUGUCUAUGUGGUUAAACUCCACCAAAGCAUCUGGGCUAGAUCUGCUGAGUGAGGCUCUGUUCAGAUCCUAUGACAUCAUAAGAAGUUUGUCUUCCAUCAAAAUGCUCUCAGAUGAAUUGCAUAAUGUGGCCCCCGCCUUGCAGCCCUACAUGGAAGCUCUUGUGAAUGCUACAGGCUACAUCCUGGACAACUAUCAACUACUUCAACAGAGCACAUCAGCCGAGGAGCUCCUCAAAGAAGCAGCAAUGCGCUUCCUUUCCUCUGCAAACAUCUCCUCUUAUGAUAUCUUCUCCACGAGUGCAGGGAACAUGACUGCAUCUCUUUACGACUUGACAACAGAAAUUAUAAGACUGAUGAUUAACAUUAAAGCAUUUGGUGAUGAUCCUAUGAUUUACCAAGUCUUGGAGGAAUUUUUGGCAUCCAAUGACACAAAGUUGAUAGCAGAGAAGGUGGCCGAGUUGUCUAUGUGGUUAAACUCCACCGAAGCAUCUGGGCUAGAUCUGCUGAGUGAGGCUCUGUUCAGAUCCUAUGACAUCGUAAGGCCUGUCUUGUCUGCCCUGACCAAGAUGAACACGGACAUGCAAGCAACUGUUGAGCUCCUGGAAGACUUAGUAGGAAACGUCAUUGCUAUGUUUAGGCAGUUGGUAAGCACCGGUAAUGUUCCAGACCCCAUGGUCCAAUAUUUGAGUGACUCAGAAAUGACAGGCGGUUACCACACACAUUUGGUCAGACGCAGACGUGAUGCCUCAUUAAUGAUGACAACAGACCCGAUGAAUGACUUCAUAGACCUGUUCUACAUUGACUACCCAACCAUGUUCAAAGCUAUGGCUGUCCCUCCUACAACACCAGAAAUGAUGGAAACAGCCCAUGUGUUCUUUGCCAAUCCUGAUUUGAGCAUUGUGAUGAAGGGAGUUACAAGUGGCAUGCAGUGGGGCUUGAAUGCCUCUCGAGAAGAGACCGUUGAUGCUGCACUUGGGGUACUCUCCUUCCUCACUCUCCCUGACGUCUUUGAAAAGUCGUCAAUGGAUCUCCUCAAGAAUGUGGUGGAUAUGCUUCCUGAUGCCUUACCAUACUCCUCUGUGAUUAAAAGUUUCACCAGAGCACUAGCCAAUGAAUCUCAAGAGAACCUGAUGCUCGUGCAGCAGAUCAUCCAUACAGCUAGUCAGCUUUUCCAGAUCCUCCCAACAGACCCACAGUUUAAAGAAAAUCUAGACCUCCUGAAAUUCCUGGUGUGUAUGUUAGAGGAUACAGAGACUGUACACCUCCUGAUGCAGAGCCUCAACAUAGAGUCCGGUCAGCUUUGUCACACUUUCCUGCCCAGCCUAGAGGUCAUAAUUGAGGGUCUGGUGAUGAACACAACGUCUCUGGUUGAUAUCUUCUAUCAAACUGUAAUCGGGGACCCCAGGAGCUACAAUAUCCACACAGACUGGUCUAGUGUGCUGAGCCAAACUCUGGGCUUUAACAUCAGCAGCGUGAGCUCUCUCAACAUUAACGGCACUUCCUCAAUGAUGACAUUUGGUGAGAUUCUGAAGAAUAAAACAGCUUUUGUUCUGGACGUGCAGCAGUACAUGGAUUUGGAUCCAGCAACUCUUGACCUCCUAAUGAACAGCACGCUCCCAAACAACAAUCUAGUGAUCCUGUCCUGGCUGGUGAACCUGCGUCACUGCCCCUCCACACCACUCGCAAACAUGGAAGAGGCUGAUCUGAUGAAGACCUUCUGCUCUCUGUCUGUUGAACAGUGGUACACAUUGUCACUGCUGAUGACUCGACAUCUAAACGUUGAACAAGUGUUAUACAAAAUGGUUUUGUCUGACGACAUACAGACUGUGGUGGGAAUCAUGGUUUGGGUGGCUGAGGCUAUAACAGACAUGAUGGACAAGAUGCUUCCUGCCAUUAACCAACUGCAAAUCUACCUGAACAACAUCAAAAACCUCAACCUGACAGCCAACAACCAUUUGAACCAAGUGAUGAGGCAGCGGAGGUCCACUACUUCCAGCGCAGGAUCAUUCGUUACCCUUUCUCGAGCGCUGUGCAGCAAUGGUAUCAAGGCUCUUUUUGGAAUCUCCAAGCUGCCCCUCGUCUCAGAUUCGGACCCUUCCUUUACCAACAAUCCACAGAGGGAGGAGAUGAUUGAGAGGUUCAAGAUACCACGGAAUGCCACUCCCUUCUGUAUGAACAUGUACCUGGACAUGGUCAACACCACAGGAGGAGCUAUUGCCUGGGCCUUCCUCAAGCCAAUGCUGAUGGGACAAAUCCUGUACACACCUGAUACACCUAGCACACGAGCCAUAAUAGAGAAGGCCAAUGCCACCUUGCAAGAUUUUGCAAAUGUAAGGCAAUAUUCAGAAGACUGGAUAAAAUCCUCCAAGUACCUCUUUACGUCUGCGAACAAACUCAAAAAGACUUUGCCAAUGCUGCAGAAUUCCCUUGGCAAUCCCUUUGUGAAGAACUUCAUUCAGAUGCAGACAGGCAUCAAUGUAGACAGAAUGCAGGAGACACUCAGCAGCUUCUCUAACAUGACGCUGAUGCUGGAGAAGAACAAAGAGGUAGUGAAUCACAUCAACACCUUAUCCACCUUGAUGGUUGACAUCUCUUCCUGUAUCAAGUUUGACCGAUACCGUGGCUUUGACUCUGCCGACGAGCUCAACAGUGCAGCGCAGGAACUUGCCAAAAACCGUGAUCUCUAUGCAAGUGUGAUCUUCAAGCUUCCCAAAGAUGCAGACUCAUCCAGAAACAAGCGUGAUGCCACAACCUCUCUGCCUCCCGAAGUCAGCUACACUAUCCGCAUGCAUAUGGACAAUGUAAUGCGGACUGACAGAGCCCGGAACCCGUUUUUUGUCAAGGAGUCGUACAUCUCAGCCAGAAACACAAUGCGCUACAACCGGGGAUUCAUCUACCUACAGGAGAGCAUUGAUCGAGCUAUCAUUGAGACACAGACGGGACAGAAAGCCAAAGAGACAGCCGUGCAGCUGCAGCCAUUCCCCUAUCCGUGCUAUCACCGGGAUGAGUACCUGGAGGCCAUCUCUUUUGUCUUCCCUAUCAUGCUGAUGGUAGCCUGGGUGUUGUUUAUUGCCGAUUUCGUGAAGAAACUUGUGCAUGAGAGAGAACUGAGGCUGCAUGAGUACAUGAAAAUGAUGGGAGUCAACACACUCAGUCAUUUCUUUGCCUGGUUCGUGGAGUGUUUUAUCUACCUGCUGGUGACUAUCAUCAUCAUGACACUGGUGCUGAAGCACGGCAAAAUCCUGCCCAACAGUGACGGUUUCCUCAUUUUCCUGUACCUGUGUGACUAUGGCUUGAGCAUCUUAGCUUUCAGUUAUCUUGUCAGCUCCUUCUUUGACAAAACCUACAUCGCCGGCCUGAGUGGCAGCCUGCUUUACAUCCUCUGCUUCUUCCCCUUCAUCAUCGUCACCGCACUGGAGGGCAGUCUAACGCUCAUCCAGAAGAGUGCCUUGGGAUUGUUUUCCCCGACCUGUUUCAGUUACGCCAGUCAGUACAUGUCUCGGUACGAGGCCCAAGGAGAAGGAAUUCAAUGGAGCAACUCAUACUCCUCGCCCAUUGCUGGAGACACAGCCUCGUUCGGUUGGCUGUGCUGGCUGAUGCUCAUCGACUCUAUCCUCUACUUCACCAUUGGGGCUUACAUUCGCACAGUGUUUCCAGGAAAAUAUGGCAUUCCUGCUCCGUGGUACUUCCCAUUCAAACUCUCCUUCUGGGCUGACCUGUGCUGUGUUCGACCAAAGAAGAAUACGGCCAAAGGACUUCUCUUCACAAACAUCAUGCAGAAUGACCAGCUUGCCUUCUCCAAUGACAAGGGAAAAGGAAAGAGCGCUCUUUCCACCAAGACUGGGGAAGACUUCUCAGAGCUCCCAGUUGGCGUUGCUCUCCAUGGUCUCACCAAGAUCUAUGGUGACCAAGCGGCUAUUGAAAACCUUAAUGUUUCUUUCUAUGAGGGCCACGUCACCUCACUGCUCGGUCACAAUGGAGCUGGAAAGACUACCACCAUGUCUCUUCUUACUGGGCUUUUUGCCCCGUCUUCGGGAACCAUAGAGGUUUACGAUAGAGACAUGCAGACAAACAUUGAGAACGUUCGCAGGGAGCUAGGAGUCUGCAUGCAGUAUGACGUCCUGUUUGAUCACAUGACCACCAAGGAGCACCUGCUGCUGUAUGGACAGAUCAAGGCCCCACACUGGUCAGACAGAGAACUACAUGAACAAGUCCGCACGAUCCUAGAGGACACGGGGAUGUAUGCUCACAGACACAAGCGGGUGGGCACCCUAUCAGGCGGCAUGAAGCGCAAGCUGUCAAUCUCCAUCGCCUUCAUAGGGGGCUCUCGCGUGGUGGUUCUGGAUGAACCCACUACAGGAGUCGAUCCCUGCUCCAGGCGCAACAUCUGGGACAUUGUAAUCCAGCACAAGAAAAACCGCACAAUCAUCAUGUCCACCCACCACCUGGACGAAGCAGAAGUGCUGAGUGACCGCAUCGUCUUCCUGGAGAAAGGAGGAUUAAAAUGCUGUGGAUCCCCAUUCUACUUGAAAGAAAAGCUAGGCCAAGGCUACAAACUCACCCUCACCAAAAAGGUGCAAAACACAGAAAAUAAACAGAUUGACAGCGCUGAAGUUAAAGCCUUUGUCCAAGCCCAUGUACCUGAAGCACGACUGAAAGAAGCCCAGGGCAAUGAUUUGGUCUACUCCCUGCCACCCUUCAACUCAUCCAACGCCUCCUCAUACCGCUCUCUGCUUACCGCACUGGACUCCAACCUGGAUGCUCUACAGUUGGGGGGCUAUGGUAUCUCUGACACCACACUAGAGGAGGUGUUCCUCCAACUGACUCAUGGACAGACAGAAGCUAAAGCUGAGCAUGGCCUCCCAUCUAUAUCAGAGACGGUUUCCGACACUAUAUCCAUCGACAGCUUGUCUUUAGACGACAGUGACAGCGACAGGAUCAAACUCACCAGUUCAUCCACAGUGACCGGCAUGGCUCUGGCCUGGCAGCAAAUGUCAGCCAUCCUGAUCAAGAGAUUCCACCACAGCCGCAGAGACUGGAAGGGCCUGAUUUCCCAAAUCCUGCUUCCUGUUCUGUUUGUAGUGUUUGCUAUGAGCCUGGGGUCUAUCAAAAGCGACGUGCAGCACUAUCCUGAGCUACAGCUCAGCCCUGCGCUCUACAAGAUUGGACCAAGCUACUCCUUCUUCAGCAACCAGAAUCCCAACUCACAGCGUCUGCCAGACACCAUGAUGUCAUUCCCUGGGAUGGACACCACCUGCCUCAACAAGCCUGAUAAGCUUGACUGCACAAGAAACACAAACAAGUGGAGAUUCAGUGGAAACAGCACGAAAGGAUUCAACAUCUGCAAAUGCACUCAGAAAGAACAGAUUUGUGACAAAGACAACUACCAGCCCCCCCAUACGGAGAUCCCUUCAUCUCAGAUUGUUUAUGAUCUGAAUGGCAUCAAUGUGGAGAACUACCUAGUGGCUACAGCCAAUGACUUCAUAAGGAACAGGUACGGUGGUUUUGCUUUUGGCAUGCCACUCCCAGCGGACUUAAAAAUGGACAUCACAGCAGUGCCCAAAAACCGUACGCUGUCUAAGGUCUGGUUCAACCCUGAGGGUCACCACACAAUGCCAGCAUACUUAAACAGCCUCAACAACUUCAUCCUACGCUCCAAUCUGCCAGCAGACAAGGAUCCACGCAAAUAUGCCAUUUCAGUUUACAGCCAACCCUAUUUUGGACGGGCGGAUGAUGAAGAUAUAGUUGUCCAGGGAUUGCUCCACAUCCUUGUGGCUGUGUGCAUGCUCACAGGCUUCUCAAUUACAACAGCCAGUUUUGCCAUCUAUGAAGUCACUGAGCACCAAAGAGGGUCCAAGAGGCUUCAGCACAUCGCUGGCAUCAGCGAGUCCUUCUACUGGAUUGUAAACUUCAUCUAUGACAUGGUCAUCUAUUUGGUCCCCGUAGCUGCGACCGUUGUUGUGAUUGCUGCCUUCCAGAUUCCAGCAUUUACAGAACGCCAAAAUUUGGGUGCCGUCACUCUCCUCCUGGUGCUCUUUGGGUUUUCCACCUUCCCAUGGAUGUAUCUGUUUGCCGGGAUCUUCAGGGAUGCAGAGAUGGCCUUUAUCAGCUACGUGUGCAUCAACCUCUUCAUCAGUGUCAACACCAUCUUGACCACCUGCAUCCUCUACUUUCUGGGUCAAAUAUCAAUGCACAAUCCUGAGGCAAUCCAGGAAAUCUUCCAGAAGCUGAGCUACGCCUUCCUCAUCUUCCCCCAGUUCAGCUUUGGGAACGGGCUGAUGGAACUGGCCAGAAGUGACAUAGAGGUCCAGAUUCUCAGUGGCUAUGGAGUCGAUACCUAUAAGAACCCAUUCUCCACAGAAUGUCUGGGAUGGAUGUUCAUCUCCUCCAUCAUCCAGGGCCUGGUCUUCUUCACGCUGCGCCUCUUGAUCAACAAGUCUCUAAUGCGCAAAGUCAGGCGUCUAAUUUGCUACAUCAAGACUGUGCCCCAGGCGGCUUAUGAUGAUGAUCAGGAUGAGGAUGUGGUGUCUGAGCAUCUCAGAGUGGCCAGUGGAGCAGCCAGCUCAGACAUACUGCAAGUCAAAAGGCUCACAAAGGUCUAUCAACACCUCAGUAAGAAGGUCCACGCUGUCAAGAAUCUGUCUGUGGGCAUCCCUGCAGGAGAGUGCUUUGGCUUGCUGGGAGUGAACGGAGCAGGAAAAACUACCACCUUCAAGAUGCUGACUGGAGACGUUAGCCCCACUGAUGGCACUGCACAGAUCAAGGACUGGGAUGGACGUUUGGUAGACAUCAUGGAGUGCCGGAAACAGGGAAUUAACAUCGGCUACUGUCCUCAAGUGGAUGCACUGGAUGAUUUGCUCACUGGAGAAGAGCAUUUGUACUUCUACGCUCGCAUACGUGGCAUCUCAAAGUGGGAGACAGACCGGCUGGUGAACUACCUACUGAAGAGGCUGCAGCUCAACUACCACAGAAACAUCAUUACCGACGGUUACAGUUGUGGCACCCGAAGGAAGCUCUCUACAGCGCUGGCUCUCAUCGGGAAUCCACAAAUCCUUCUCCUGGAUGAGCCAAGCUCUGGCAUGGACCCUCGUACUAAGCGUCAUCUAUGGAAAAUCAUCUCUGAGGAAGUGAAAGGAAAGUGUGCCGUGGUUCUCACAUCCCACAGCAUGGAGGAAUGUGAGGCACUGUGCAGCCGUCUUGCCAUCAUGGUGAAAGGUCAGUUCCGAUGCCUGGGCUCCCUGCAGCACAUUAAGAACAGGUUUGGCAGUGGGUUCACUGUGAAGAUGUACUUGGCUGAGGCCUCCUGUGACGUAGGGAAAAUCACUAGCUUCAUGCAGCGCAGAUUCCCCAGCACUUAUCUCAAGGACCAGCACUCGACUGUGGUGGAGUACCACGUCCCAUUUGCUCCUGGAGGUUUGGCUGACAUCUUCAACCAGCUGGAGUCCAACAAGACUGCUCUGCAGAUCAAGCACUUCUCUGUGAGCCAGACCACACUGGAUGAGGUCUUCAUCAAUUUCGCCAUGGGGAAGAUCGGCAUGGAAACCAUACCAAUUGAUGCCGAAGAUGAAAAUGAAGUACAAGCAUAGAGCUGACUGCCAUCUUUAGUGUGUGUCCAUUCACACUAAAUCUGACCUUAAUAUAGUGACUUAAAUGUUUGUGGGUUCUUUUUAGGAAUAUCAUUUUUUAGUCUCUUGACUGUGAAUAUGAAGGUUAAAUUACACUUUUUUUCUUACCAAAUCAAACUGUUGAUGAAAAGCAUAAGAAUACAUGGCCAGUCUGCAUACAUGCGUAGAUGAAGUGAAUAAUUACUCUUCUACAUAACACUGUUUGCAUGUUCACUUUGAAUCAUUCAU